UAUCACAGUCAUAAGUAAAUUGAUUUUGAGCUUGCCCAAUUGGUGCAGGUAAAAAGACAAAGAAAUAUGAGCUAUAGCUACUAUUACCAAAGAAAGAAAUGAAGCGUCAGCGUAAGAAAGAAAAAUUAGCCAGUGAAGUCUACAUAAAGAAACCCCAAGAAGACAAGAAGCAGAAGAAAAUGUUGCAGCUAACUAAAAAUCAUCUUUUUGCUAAGGCACUUGCAAAGCCAGACAUUGAAAAUGUAAACGAAAGGCGAGAGAGUUCUACCAGAAUGAAAUUAAAUAAUGUAACAAAAGUAAGUGCCAGUGAAAUUAUACCCACUGAGUUAAAAAUAUUAGAGGACAAGAAAAAAAAUAUGGCUGUUACAUCAAACACUAGAUCUGAGAGGUUCUUGUCAAUCAAUGUAAAGCACAAAUUUAACAAUACACCUAAAGAGUCAUCUAAAAAAUUUGCCUCUGAAAAAAUUGUAGUAAUACAUACUGCUGUAACCAAACUUGUAAACAAGUCGAAUCCGUUAUACGAUUCAACCUGUUCUGCUGCUGUGGAUAAACGUAUUGCUUCGUCUAAAAUUUAUGGGCAUCAAAGUGAAGAAGAACUUCAUGUACCCAGUGACGUUCUUAAUAAAAAAAAAAAGAAAUUAGGUGUAGAAAUUUGUAUGACAGCAAUUAAUGUAGAUGAUGAAGAAAGAAUAGGAAGUGCUAAAAGUUCUGGUAGUCAUGACAGUAUGAACCAAGAAUUUCACCACUUCAAACCAAUUAAAGCAUUACCUCGUACACCGUUCAAAAUUCUAGGUGGAAAACAACUGGAGCCAAAAUUAAUACGAGUUAUACCGUUGUUAAAAAAAAUGUCAAAAGUCGUGCCAAACCCUCCAGUGCCUACUCAUUCAAAAAAAGUUUUUGGUUGUGCUUUGAGUGCUUUUAAAAGAAUUGUGGGACAGUGGGCAUUGACUGAUUUUCUAAGGCAGCAAGAAACAAAAAAAAUUGAGCAUCAUAAAGUUGAAAGACUGUCGUCACGAGCCAUUAAAAAGAUUGAGAUGAAAGAGUGCAUUAAAAUAGACAUCAGCAACGCUUUGUCUUGUGACAGUAAUGAAAACUGCACGAAAAAUCCAUGCAGCAAGAUCGUAAAUGGCACUGUAUGUAACAAAAAAGAUAACACAGUUUAUAAUAAAGCCAAGCAAACGAUAAAUCUCGGAAACAACAGACGGAAUGGUUUGAUACCCUCAGCAAUAGAGAACAAAAAGACAGAACUUCGUAAGGAUGUUGAAGUGGUGCAGAUUGACCAUGAGGACAAUGACGAUCAUGUUAACGUUGAUUUGUUAGAUAACUCUGAUUGGCAACAUAUUCCAGAUCCAUUAGGACCUUCUCUUAAUAAGUUUGACUUGCCCUCAGAGCGUUCACGUCCCGUGUUCGAAUUUGCAGCUGUAGAAAAUAUAGCUGAGAGAAUUAAGAGGAGAAAAGCCGCCAGUAUCGAUAAUGUCCGCAACACGGUUUAUAAGGUCAAAGCAGAAGAAGAAAUCACGAGCAAAAAAUCAUCUGCAAGAGGUUGUCAGCUAAAAGCGCAGAAGCUAGACAUAAAGCUAGAUAAACCAUUCACGAAAAGAGGGAAAAAUACCUUUGAAACGACAGUAUCGAGUAAGACAAUCAAGAGGUUAGCACGAAUCAAGAAAUUGUCAAAACGGUUAAGAUACAAUGGAGCUUCUGAAAGUACAGAAGUACCUGCAGUAAAACAAAUGACUCCUGAACCAGUGUUAGAAUCAGAGAGUAGUAGAACCGUACGAUGCAAGCCGACAGAGCGGACAAAGACUCUCGAAAUGGGAACAAUAAACGUCAUGCUGUCUAAUCCGUUGCCUCGUAAGCGUCCACGUAAAAAUGCUUACCCAUCAAAGAAACAAAAGUCACUGGCUUUAGUGUUGUCAUCAUCUGAGUUGAGAAUAGAUCACAAGAAUUUUUUUCUUAUUAAAGAACAAGAGCGUUAUAAACGACUGGCCGAGCAGGAGUGCAAAGAUCGAGAACUGGCCGAACAGCUUCAAGCCCGCUUUAAUGCCAUGGAGCAAGUAGCCGGUAGGACGAGGAGAGAGGAAGGGAUCUGUAGACCACCGGAUAAUAAAGGAGUUCAGCCGGCUAAAAAAUAUGUUUAUCAAGAGAAGAUAACUUGGAGCAAUGAAUGGAUGGACUAA